AUGCCUCGACCAAACAAUGAACAGCUUGAGAAAGCACUCGCCAAAGAUCCACCAACUCCACUGGCUUUACCGACGUUACCACCGCCACCACCGAAUCCGCCUGUUUUGCCCGAGCAACAGAAACGGAAUCGUGAUGACCGAGCACCAGAGAAUCACGCUCCUAAGGCACGGAAGCGUGUCAACAUGAUAAUGGGGGCAAUCGAAGCUUGCAGUUAUUCGGUCCGAGCCAUCAAAGAGUACAGCAGAGAGGCCGCCAGCGCGCCCAAAGCCCCGCAUGAUCCGCCGAAGGGAACGCCCUUGGUAUUUACCGAGGCCGAUACAAUCAGGCUGCAUAAACCACAUAACGACGCCCUCGUUGUCGAGCUGCUCCUCAACGACGUCGAAGUAAGCCGCAUUCUGGUCGAUACGGGCAGCUCGGUUAACGUUAUCUUCAAGGAAGCACUUGACCAACUCGAGUUGGCAUCAGAUAGGAUUGAACCGUUUAUCGAACCAAUUACCGGAUUCGAUGGAGAACGUUGUAUGACGGUCGGCAUGGUCAACAUUCCGAUCUACGUCGGCGGAGUCGCAAAGAUUAUCCAGUUCCUUAUCCUCGAUAAACCGGCGAUCUACAACGCUAUUCUCGGAACACCUUGGCUACAUGCAAUGAAAGCAGUCGCCUCGACGUACCAUCAAUGCUUGAAGUUCCCGACUCCCGACGGUGUUUAUACUCUCCGAGGAAACCAAGCCGUUGCUCGAUCGUGCUACAUAAACGAGUGCAGACUUCAUUCGGCCAACCAAGCUUGUGUUAUUAGCUCGUUAGGACCGACUGAGAAACUCAUCGUCCAGAAUACAAAACCUAAACAGGAAUCGAUCGUUCAAGUUUGCAUCGACGAACUAAGGCCAGAACGUCAAGUCGGAAUCGGCGCCGAGCUCGACCCAGUCAUCCGCGAGCCACUCAUUCACUUUCUGAAUCAGCAUUCAUCGACCUUCGCUUGGUCGGCAGAAGAUAUGCCCGGGAUUGAUCCACAGAUCGCGUGUCACGAGCUCAACAUUGAUCCAACAUAUAAGCCAAUCAAGCAGAAACGCCGAAAGCUCGGACCAGAGAAAGUACAAGCCGUAAACGAUGAGGUCGAGCGUUUACUCAAAGUCGGAUCCAUCACCGAAGUCAAAUACCCAGAUUGGUUAGCAAACCCCGUGGUCGUAAAGAAGAAGAAUGGUAAAUGGAGGAUCUGCGUCGACUUUACCGACCUCAAUAAGGCGUGUCCGAAAGAUAGCUUUCCGUUGCCUCAUAUCGACCGCCUCGUGGAAGCAACUGCCGGGAACGAACUACUCUCGUUUAUGGACGCGUUCUCCGGGUAUAAUCAGAUUCUUAUGCAUCCGCAAGAUCGGGAGAAGACAUCGUUCAUCACGGAUCGUGGCAUCUACUGCUACAAGGUCAUGCCCUUUGGCCUGAAGAAUGCUGGAGCAACGUACCAACGACUGGUAAACCGGAUGUUCGCAAGCCAGCUCGGGCGAACCAUGGAAGUUUACAUCGAUGAUAUGUUCGUGAAGUCACUCGUCGCUUCCGAUCACGUCGGCCAUCUUCGCACAUGUUUUGAUAUCUUGGAUCAGUAUGGUAUGAAGCUGAAUCCAACUAAGUGUACGUUCGGCGUGACAUCUGGAGAGUUCCUCGGAUACAUUGUUACACGGCGAGGCAUUGAAGCUAAUCCAAAGCAGAUCGCUGCUAUUCUCGAGCUCUCAUCACCGACAACCAAACGUGAAGUUCAGCGACUUACCGGACGUAUCGCAGCACUUAAUCGAUUCAUAUCCAGAUUGACGGAUAAGUGCUUGCCUUUCUACCAACUUCUUCGAGUUUUAUCCAAACCAGAAACCGGCGAGACACUUUGUCUUUACAUCGCGAUUUCGGAGUUCGCAGUCAGCAGUGUUCUCGUUCGAGAAAAUCGCGGCGAACAGAAGCUAAUUUUCUACACAAGCAAAUCCCUCUAUGGAUCGGAGUAUCGUUAUCCGACUUUGGAGAAAUUCGCCUUUGCCGUGGUCAUUUCUGCACGGAAGCUACGCCUGUACUUCCAGUCUCACGCGAUCGUGGUCCUAACCGAUUACCCUCUUCGUACUUUCCUCCAUAGCCCAAGUCAAUCCGGACGACUCGCUAAGUGGGCUAUUGAACUCAGUGAAUAUGACAUCGAAUACCGAGGCAGAACAGCAACGAAGUCUCAAGUCCUAGCAGAUUUCUUGGUCGAACUCCCACCGGAGCUCGUCGAAGAUAAUCCGGUCGUACAACCCUGGAUUCUUCACGCCGAUGGUUCAUCGUCCCAUAAAGGAUCCAGAGUCGGAAUUCGUCUAAAAUCACCCGAAGGAGAAGUUAUCGAACAGUCGUUUCGUCUCGGCUUCCCAGCAUCCAACAACAAAGCCGAGUACGAAGCAUUGAUUGCCGGACUACGACUCGCCAAAGGCAUCGGCGCCGAGCAUGUACACGCCUACUGCGACUCUCAACUCGUGGCUAACCAGUUUCACGGCGAAUACGAGGCCAAGAACGACCGCAUGGACGCAUAUCUCAAAGUCCUUAAGGAUGUCGCUUCGGAGUUCUCUAACUUCGAGCUUCCAAAGAUACCUCGAGAUGAGAAUGCAACCGCCGACGCCUUAGCCGCCCUCGCGACUAAUUCCGAUCCUAACCUUCGGCGAACCAUCCCAAUUGCGGCAAUUGAACGACCAAGUGUCGAGCCCGCUCCGAACUGCAACAUCAUUACAAGACGACGUGAUUACGAAACUCAACCCAAUCUCGCCCCGCCACUCACCCGGAAGACGAAACUCAAAGAGGUCAUUCCCGAUCAUGACAACGGUACGGACGAGCUCAAUGGUAACGAAUCCGAUCCCGAAGAUGACUCUGAAGGACAACACGUUCCAAUCGAUAUCGAAGCCAAAGGCGAGGACGAACCCGAAGAUUAG